AAUCUAGUCAGUCACAAACCGAAGUUGCAUCGAAGCACCUAUAUUCUUACACUGUGACCUGUUUACAAGCCGUGCUGUCCACCUCCGUCCAAGUGACGGAGAAUAUUGGAUACGAAGUUCAUUAAUGUUAACAAUUUAGAUCCGUAGUACAGUAAACGAUACAAUUGAGUUCAAAAAACAGUACAUGCACAAUGAUUCCCACAUCAUUGAUCCUGGUUUUGGGAAUCUUGGGUUCAGCCUUAGGAAUUGUUCAGUAUCAACCGGAAGCUGUGCACAUCGCAUAUGGAGAUAAUGUGCAUGAUAUCUCCAUCACUUGGACUACAAUGGAUAAAACUCAGGAAUCCAUUGUUCAAUAUGGUAUUAAUGGUUACGCACUCACAGCCAAGGGUAAUUCAACUCCAUUUGUUGAUGGGGGUCGAAAAAAACACAAGCAAUACAUACACAGGGUAUUGCUGAAAGACUUAACACCAGGGAGUAAAUACGUGUACCAAUGCGGAAAUGAAUACGCAUGGUCAGACAUGUUUUAUUUUGUAACUGCACCGACUGACCAGGCAACAUGGGCUCCCCAAGUUGUUAUUUUUGGAGAUAUGGGUAAUGAAAAUGCACAGAGUUUGCGCAGGCUACAAGAAGAAACUCAGCGCGGUCUGUACGAUGCUGCAAUUCAUGUAGGUGAUUUUGCGUAUGAUAUGAAUACAAACAAUGCAGCUGUCGGAGAUCAGUUCAUGCGGCAAAUUGAAUCAAUUGCAGCCUAUCUGCCAUACAUGACAGUGCCUGGUAAUCACGAAGAGAAAUACAAUUUCAGUAACUAUAGAGCCCGCUUCACAAUGCCUGGAGAAUCAGAAGGCCUUUGGUACAGCUUUAAUAUGGGUCCUGUGCAUUUUAUUGGCAUUGAAACAGAAGCCUAUUAUUUUAUGAAUUAUGGAUUGAAACAGCUUGUUAAACAGUAUGAAUGGCUCGACAAUGACUUGCGCGAAGCCAAUAAACCUGAAAAUAGAGCCAAACGUCCCUGGAUCGUUACUUUUGGACACAGACCAAUGUACUGCAGUAAUGCUAACGCCGAUGAUUGUACAAAUCAUCAAUCGCUGGUCAGAGUUGGAUUGCCACUCUUCCACUGGUUCGGUUUGGAAGAUUUGUUUUAUAAACACAAAGUGGAUCUGGAAAUAUGGGCUCAUGAACACAGCUACGAACGCUUGUGGCCUAUGUAUAACUUUAAGGUGUACAAUGGAUCAUAUGAGCAACCAUACAGAAAUUACAAAGCUCCAGUGCAUAUAGUAACUGGAUCUGCUGGUUGUAAGGAAGGGAAAGAGAAGUUUAUCCCUAAUAGGCCAGACUGGUCUGCGUACCGUAGUUCUGACUAUGGAUAUACCCGUUUGAAGGCAUUUAAUACAACUCAUUUGUAUCUAGAGCAGGUAUCUGAUGACAAACAAGGAGCAGUUUUGGACCAAUUAUGGUUAAUCAAAGAUGAUUUAUGGCCUGAAUACACUCCAAAUUAAUUUUAAAGAAAUAACUGGGAUAUUAACAUACAUGCAUGAUAUUAUGUUUCCUUUGAAUUUUAUUAAUUUUGUUUUCUGUACUAGCUUUGUCAAUGAGUCAACUAUUUUGUAAUUUUUAUGAGCACUAGUACUUAUAAAAACUACACAAUAUUCUCAUCUUUGACAGAUGGUAGCACAGGAAAUAAAAUUUGUUGUAUAUGCACAUGUAGGUACUUUUUGACGCAUGAUUCUUAUUAGAGCAACUGUCAGGCUCAAUCUUUUAUCAUGCUGGAGGUAGCCUCGCAUGUACAGAAAGUGUGGUGGAGGAGUGAGAUAGUGCAGUAUGCUAUGUAUACAACCUGAUUCGCCGAUACGUUUCCUUUCAGCCAAUGAAAUACCGUGUGAGUGAGCCGGAGUUUCCAAGUAACCCGGUAAUAUAUCGCGCUCGUAUCACACGGCCACAAUUUUCGCGAGAUUGACAGCAUGGGUAGCUACAUCCAGUAGUAUAUGCUCUAAGGUCUCAAUGUAAAAUAACGUUAAAUUAAAAGUAAAAUAACUCCAAUAUGAUUCAGAUAUUCGCUUUCAAAUUUUACAUAGGAGUUUGAAAUAAAAGUGGAAACAAUUUA